GCGCGACCUCGUUUCCGGCUUUUGACAUUUGUCGAAUCGAAGUUGACUGAAAACCUUUAUUGAUUGCGCUGAAAAGUAAUUUAUGAUAGAAAACGAGCAGAGUUGGCGCGGGAGUGUGGUGAUGUUCGAUUAGCGUUAAGUGGAACGCCUGAAGCGGGGUGCGAACCGCGCAGGCAGGCGCCGUGUAUUGUUAUAACUAGGAGUUCGCGUUACUCGGGCGGGAUGUGCCAGUGAGCCCUUGGGGCUUCGGGGGCAGGCUGUCGGGGAUGGCGGCGGACACGGGCGGCGCGGCGCCGCAGGCGGGCGCGGGCGCGGGCGGCGCCAGCCCCGAGGAGACGCUGGAAUCGCUGCUGCGAGAGGCAGAGGCGCUCAAACAGAAGUUAGAGGAGGAACGACAGAAGCUCAACGAUGUCACGCUGGCAAGCGUGGCUGAACGCCUGGAGGCCAUCAAUUUCCCCAACUUGAAGCCGAGGCGGGUCCUCAAGGGUCACCAGGCCAAGGUGCUCUGCUCGGACUGGUCACAGGACAAACGCCAUAUUGUCUCCUCCUCACAGGAUGGCAAGGUGAUCAUCUGGGACGCAUUCUCAGCAACCAAGGAGCUGACUAUUGCUAUGCCCAGCACUUGGGUCAUGGCUUGCGCUUACGCACCUUCAGGAAACAUGGUGGCUGCGGGCGGCCUCGACAACAAAGUGACAGUGUUUCCUCUCGGAGAAGAGAACAAAGAAGAGGGCGCCACCCGCAAGCGCACCGUCGCGACGCACACGUCCUACGUCUCAUCUGUUCUGUUCCCGCGCACUGACAGACAGUUACUAACCGGCUCUGGGGACGGAUCUGCAGCCCUCUGGGAUGUGGAGUCCGGUCAACUGCUGCAGACGUUUCAGGGUCACGCGGCGGACGUGCUCGCGCUGGAUCUGGCCCCUUCGGACACGGGCGACACGUUCGCGUCGGGCGGCGCCGACCGCGCCGUGCUCGUGUGGGACAUGCGUUCCGGCGCCGCCGUGCAGGCCUUCGACACGCACCGCUCCGACGUCACCAGCGUGCGCUUCCACCCUGGGGGGGACGCUCUAGCCACCGGCGCGGACGACGCGGCGUGCCGCCUGUUUGACUUGCGCGCCGACCGCGAGGUGGCGCGCUACGCCAAGGACUCCAUCAUCUUCGGCGUCAACAGCGUCGACUGGUCGCUCUCCGGCCGGCUGCUCUUCGCCGGCUACAGCGACUACACAGCCAGCGCCUGGGACGCUCUGCGGGCACAGAGAGUGUGUGUACUCUGUGGCCAUGAGCAUAGAGUGUCGCGCGUGCAACUAGCACCAGAUGGCGCCGCGUUAGCGACAGCUUCUUGGGAUUCCACGCUGAGGAUCUGGGCGUAAGCAGCAUUCUUCUCUUCCCGGUGUUGAUAUUUAUUCCAAUACGUAGUUAGAGUAAGCGGCCUCGGCCGAUCGUGCAAUGUAACAUAAUAUACGUGUGUAAGAUGGUCGGCGGUUACUGCGCAUAUAAGUCACAUGAAAAUUAAUACAGUACUUAGAAAAUAAAGUUUACAAAACAGAUCAUUUAUUGGCCAUAGUGAAUAUUAAAAUUAGGAAGCGCUGGUGGCCUAGCGGUGAGAGCGUGCGACUUGCAAUCUGGAGGUCGCGGGUUCAAACCCCGGCUCGUACCUAUGAGUUUUUCGGAACUUAUGUACGAAAUAUCAUUUGAUAUUUACCAGUCGCUUUUCGGUGAAGGAAAACAUCGUGAGGAAACCGGACUAAUCUCAAUAAGGCCUAGUUUACCCUAUGGGUUGGAAGGUCAGAUGGCAGUCGCUUUCGUAAAAACUAGUGCCUACGUCAAAUCAUGGGAUUAGUUGUCAAGCGGACCCCAGGCUCUCAUGAGCCGUGGCGAAAUGCCGGGAUAACGCGAGGAAGAAGAGAGUGAAUAUUAAAAUUGAACCUUUUGAAUGCCGCAGACGGCAAUUGACGUCAACGCAAAACCGUGACAGCGACGCCAAAGACGGCGUUUGACGUCGAUCGUUUUUUGAUGAAAAUCUACUAAAAACACCCCACGCUUAGGUUACUUACUUACUCCUCUGGCGCAGCGACCCAAAGUGUGUCUUGGAGGCCACUCUUAGGUUGGUAUUAUUUAUUCACAAAACUAAAUUUUACCCUCGUGCCGUCAGUGGCACGGCAAAUGGAUGCGCCGUUUGGCGUUCAAAAGGUUAAAAAAUGAUACAGCUAGCCCAAGCACGGCUAAGGGCCACUUGCUCCAACUCACUAACCCGGGUCUAUGCGGUUAAGCCGCUAACCUAGUGUCAAAUUGUACUGGUAACCAUGGUAACUCCAGGUUUAACUGGUUAACCCCGGGUUAGUGGAAUGCUGCAAGUGGGCCUAUGGGUGGUAUUCCACCUAUUGAAUUACUUUGUCCAAUGUGUAUUGCGUCUCACAUUUUGCUUUAAUGAGAGAGUGAGACGCACUGACAUUGGACAAAGAAAUUGGACAGAUGGAAUACCACCCUAAGUUCCUAGUGCUCUAUUUUAGCAGUUCUAUUUCACUAAAAACUUUUUGAGAGGGUUUGGAAACUUUUUGAGAGGGUGAAACGGUUUUUGAGAGCGAAUCGUCAAGCGACAACCGAAAAUGUAAAUUUUCAAAAAAAGUAAACAAAACUUAACCUUAUUUUGAUAGAUACUAUCACGGUUCACUAUGGCUCUUAACUUGUGAAUCUUGUGAUAGUAAUUAGUGAGCUAUGGCAGGCGUGGCUCACUCCGCGAUUUCGUCGCGUCGCUACAAGUACACGCGGCCCACACCAAUUUUGGUGUCUAACCAUAGUGGUUGCUCGCGCUUGCGCCACCUUGCGGUCAUAUCUGUCGUAACAGACGCGUUUUGUUAGAGAGUGAACCUUCUGUACCUAAUACUAUUAUUUAUUCUGUGGUUUUGGUUGUCAUCUGACGAAAUGUUGUUUAGUGAAGUGACUUCAAAAUAUACAUAAAUCACUAUAGUUGUGCCUAUACUAUUUUUGUAGUCGCCUCAAAAUCUUCAGGAAUAACUAUGGAAAUUAAAACAAAAAAAACAAAUACUGGCAAUUUUUUGCUUGAUCGUUUUGCAACAUUACAAAAUUGAAGUUGAAGAAGUCAAGAUAUAGUUUUUUUUUAAUCUGUGUUUAUUUUCACUUGACUGUUAUUUGGGCAUUACCACCGACCACCAACCCUAUCGAAUGUAAUUCUCUUUAUGAAUACAAGCGGUGAUCUCGUCAUGUGCAAUUGGCAACAAAUAGUCGUACACCAACGCAGAUGUCAAAAAUAUCUACACUAGAUCAUGGUUGAAAAUAUAAAAAAUGUGUCUUUGAACACUUUGCCUGUAGAUAUAUUUGUUGCUGACUGUACAACACAUAACAAAUUUGUGCAGUCACCUGCAUUAAUAAUAUAUUAUACACGCUUUUAUGGCUCUACAAAUAAGAUCUGAUAUUUUUGCGGCCUUCGUUGUGUACCUAACAUAUUAUUGCAGGUGACUGUACCAUAACCAAAAUGCACGAAAUAUACCAUAUAACCUCCUAAGGCCCAGCCAUACAAAUGAAAAAUGCAAUAUUUACUAUAGAAAUUUGAACCUACAAUGUAGGAUAUAGAGUUGAUUUGAGAGCGAUUUAAGAGCGAUUUACAGCGGCAGUUAAGCCUCAGGGGGCUUUGUUCGCUGUCAUGAUUUUUUUUAAUGUAUUAUUCUGUGUUAAUAAAUAAAUGAAAAAAAAAAAAAAAAAA